AUGGUAUACUAUUUUACGUCGAACGUGGUUGAACCUUCUGCUUUCAUCUAUGUGGGGAAGGACAAAUUCGAGAAUGAGGAUCUUAUAAAAUAUGGGCUAGAGAAGGAUGUCUGCGCGCACGUUUACCUCCGCCUCCGUGAUGGCGAAACGUGGGACAACAUCCCGCAGUCGCUCCUAGACGACUGUGCGCAACUUACUAAGGCGAAUUCAAUCGAAGGAAACAAAAAGGACAACGUUACGAUAAUCUACACACCUUGGUCCAAUCUAAUGAAACAUGGGUCUAUGGCAACUGGUCAGGUCUCAUUCCACAAUCCCAAACUGGUCCGAAAAGUACACAUUCGAGAACGUGAGAAUGCCAUUGUCAAUAGGCUCAAUAAGACGCGGGUGGAGAAAUUCCCAGACCUUAUGGUGGAAAAAGAGGAGUUUUUGAAAGCGAAGCGGAGGGAGGAGAGGAAAACAAGAGAUGAACAUCGGGCUAAGGAAAAGCAGGAAAAAAGAGAAAGAGAACAACUCAAGUGGCAGAAAGAUCACGCCUACGAUGAUUUGAUGAGUGAAGAAAAUGUCCAACGAAGCAGCAAUCACGAUAGAGAUCCAAACUUUCUGGAUGACUUCAUGUGA